AGGGAGGGGUGCGUGAGGAACACAGAGCGUGAGGGAGCUGAAAAGAGAGGGAGCGAUUCAGCAGAGGAGAGAGGGGACUCCGGACUGGAUGGGCCCAGCGGUGCCUUGAUGGAGCAUGGGUCAGGUUUUAGGGUUCUCCCACUGCAAGGAAUUUGGAACAGUGAACUCAACACCUGACUCCACUCCUCCCUGCUCAGAUGGUGGAAAUGAGGAGUCUGACUUCCCCGAACUGCAGACAGCCAGGGAAUGGUCGGACGACGAUGAAGGCCUCGAGGAUGAUGACGCAUGUCUCAGCAGCUCAUCUGUAUGGGGCACGCCGCGUCAGAACUCCUUUGAGCUCACCUUCUCCUACAUUGCCUUCUCCGAGAGCGAUGGCUCAUCACGGAGAGACUCAGGGCGCCGCAGGACUGGGGGGAGGGGAAGCCGUGGUUCACUGCACCGUACGGAUACUCUGGAUACCCAGGUACAUCCAGACUCCCCUGCUGUGGAGUGGGACCCUCAUGACUUCUUGACUGUGGAAGGGGAGGGAGACGUGGAGGAGGAGAGCCUGACGUGGACGCUAGAGUCACCGAGUCACAGGGUGGAGGAGUUUCAGGAUAAAGACACAGGGAUAUGGGAAACAACGGAGGAGAUCUCAGGCAUCCGAACACACAAAGAAACAUGCAGUCAUCAAAAUGAGCAAAUAACAGUACCACAGCUUCACGGGUCAGACCCUUCUGUUGCCAUGGAAACCACAGCCACCCUGCAGAUGGUGGACCCAUCACAUUCAACGCCUCCUGCCAUUGGACGUAACACUCAGGAAGAACAGAUCUGUAAGCAGUGGUGCUCUACUCUCAACUUAUCGGAGGGGCCAACAAUUUGCAUCCAGAUAGCAGUAAUGGACCUGAUCUACUGGAAGGAUAUGGAGCGGACGGGGAUGGUGUUCACAGGGCUGGUGGUGGGGCUGCUGUCUCUGUUCCAGCUGAGCAUCAUCACUGUGGUGUCCACUCUCUCCCUGGCCAUCAUCUGCUUCACCAUCUCAGUCAGAAUCUACUACAAACUUCUGCAUGUGCUCCAGCUGGGAGAUGGAGUACACCCCUUCCAGUCAUAUCUAGACUUGGACAUCAGUUUAAGUGGAGAAGAGGCUCAGCACUAUGUGCAGAGGGGUAUCGUGCUGUCCUGCUCUGCCGUGGACACACUGAGGAACCUCAUCUUUGUGGGCAACCUGUUCAACUCACUCAAGUUCUUGUUCCUGAUGUAUCUGGUCACGUUCCUGGGAAACCUCUGCAAUGGCCUUACCUUGCUCAUCAUCGGUGUGAUUGCUGUCUUCUCUGUCCCUCUGUUUUACACAAGACACCAGGACAAAGUGGACAGCUGCUUUGUAGCAGUACAAACCCAUUUUGACAACAUAAAGGACUUCCUUCGUCGCCUGGCCCAGGGUGGCGGACCACCCCUGGAUCCCACCCCCGGUGGAGCUAAACCCAAAGCCCAUUGAGGAGGAACUACACGCUGUCACUCAAAAAUGUCUUAAUUAGCAGUUUGUGCUCAGAGUCCCGCCUCUGCAACGGUGGCACAGGGCCUUAAAUGAGAGGAAAUACGGUUUAAAGGAGGGAGGACCAUGCAAAGAACAAUCUUGGAUGAAAAUCAAAUCAAAUGGAAUUUAACAAGUUAAAGACAUGUUUUCAUUUCCACAUUUCAGUGCGAGUAUGAGUGUAUGAAUGAAAGACAGUUCACUAAGAUACUUGAGUCACCCAUACAAUAACGGAGAGUUGUCUGAACAAACAUGGAUGACUUCAGUGAAGUAACAGCAGUGAAAAUGUGAAUCAGAGCUUUUUGAAUCCAGAUUGACUGCAGUUCGACUGGCAGAAACAUAACGCAGGACCAGUUUCAAGAUGGGGUUUUUACUUCUGACAGUCUCACAUUGUGUUUGUGUGUGAGUGUGUGUGAAUGUGUGGGCAGCUUAAGCCUGUUAAAGUACCUAAGAGCUAUUAAAACCACAAUGUUAUUUUCUUUUCCAA